AUAAUCCAUACCCUCUCCUGCUCCCCCAUAGGUUUAUAUAAACUUAUCUAAUCACUGGUAUGUAUAUAUUGUUUUUAUGUAGUUUUCCCUCUUAGAUUGUAAGCUCUUCAAAAACUGGAGAAAUUUUGCAUUACCUGUAUUUUUCUUGAAUUAAAUGAUCCUCAACUAAUUUGGAAUUAGAAAUGAAUUAAGGAAUCUGGUACUUGUUACCUAUAAAGUACAGAGUUUUAUGUUUCUUUUCUCAUAUACUUAUGAUUUGGGGAUGUUUCUUAAAUUUGACAGAGUUCAAGACCAUCAUGUGAGAUUCUGAAGUAUUUCCUAAAAUGAAUCUCCAUCCAUAAAUCUCAAGCAAUAUAUUUUUUAAAGAUUUAUUUUAUUUGUUUGAAAGAUAAUUACAGAGAGAGGUAGAGAGAGAGAGAGAGAGAGAGAGAGAGAGAUCUUCCAUUAGCUGGUUCACUCCCCAAAUGGCUGCAAUUGCAGGAGGUGAGCUGAUCCAAAGCUGAGAUCCAGGAGCUUCUUCCGGGUCUCCUGUGUGUAUGCAGGGGCCCAAGUACUUGGGCUAUCCUCCACCGCUUUCCCAGGCACAUUAGCAAGGAGCUGGAUCAGAAGUGGAGCAGCCGGGACUCGAACUGGCGGCCAUAUGGGAUGCCAGUGCUACAGGCUGGUGCUUUAAACCACUGCGCCACAGCACUGGAAUAUUUUUUUUUUCUGAGUAAUUAAACGGCAGAGAAAUAAUCUGUUUCUUCUAUAGGUAAAAAAUCUAAAAUGCUUGGUAAAAUUUUCAAGAUAUUCUAUAAUUUAUCUCAGUUUACAUCUUUAGUCUUCAAUCCCAAUCUGUUUACUCUACGUGCCUAUCCUGCUCUAGGAAAUGUUUGUAUAAACAGUAUACUUUUCUACUUUGUUGAUGAUGAUCAGGAAUUUCUUGUCUGUUAAUUCUUCCCACUAAACACCUCUACCUCUGCCCACAGAAAUACCUUCUGGGCCAUUCAAGACCCAUCUAUAAUGUUCUAUUUUCCAAUAGACCUCCUCUACUUUUUCUAGAUGGAGUUAAUUUUGCUUUAUGGUUCCAUGGCACAAACAUGGCAGUCAUUACCUACUGCUUUGUAUCACUGGUUCAGUUUUUUAAGGAUCCUGUAGUUAACCGUUAUAAUUAUCAAAUAUCAAGUUAAAAUGGAUUUAUAAAAUGAUGAGCGUAUGUAGAAACAAACCAGAUGAGCUUGUAUUUCUUAUAAUUGAGUUGUAUACUUUUUAUUUGCAUUUUUAAAAGUUUAGUUGAAAGGUGGAAUAGGGUAGGAGCAGAGAUAAAGAUCAUCCAUCGCUGUUUCUCUCCCCAAAUACCUGCAAAAAUAGAGGCUCCAUCAGACUGAAGCCAGGAGCCUAGACUCAAUCUAGGUCUCCAGGAUGACAGGGACCCAACUUGUUGAGCCAUCAUUUGCUGCCUCCCAGAGUAUGCAGUGACAAGAAACUGCAAUCAGAAGUGGAGCUGGGUGAUGAACUCAGGCACUCAAAUAUGGGAUGCCAGCAUCCCAAGCAGCAUCUUAACCACUGUGCUCACCUGCUCCCCAGCUGAGUUUUUUUUUUAAAGUUUGUUUCUGAAAUUUUAUAAACCAUAUUUUAUGGAACAUAAUGAAUGGUUUUGAAUAUUUUAGAGUACAUUCUCUACUUGUUAGGGUUACAUAUAUAUUUUCAGUCUAGAGCAUGUACAAAAGAGAAUUCCAAAGUUUAAACUCUGUAAACUUUAUGAAUGCUUUUGACACAAAUGACUAGUACAUGAUACGUUAGUUUAUAAAGAAUGUUUAUAUUUCUUAAUAUUUAUUGACAACCCUAUUACAUAGAUAGAUAGUCACAACCUAUUUCUUCAUUGAAUAUACCAGCUCAGAGAGCAUAGGUGAUUUAGGGAAUCAAAUGCUGAAUGGCAAAAUCAGGAUUUGAGUCUGCAUUUUCUCAAAAUAAGCAUGGAAAUGUUUCCAGAUAACUGUGAUCUUCAAAAGAUUUUUCACCUUUUGGAGUAGGCCACCAAAAGUCAUAAUUUCCAAGCAAUACUUGUUGCCUAAGAGUUCUCCCUUGUUCUGAAUUGUCAUCCUCAAGCUUCUUUUUUUUUUUUUUUUUUUUUUUUUUGACAGGCAGAGUGGACAGUGAGAGAGAGAGAGAGACAGAGACAGAGAGAAAGGGCUUCCUUUGCCGUUGGUUCACCCUCAAUGGCCGCCACAGCUGGCGUGCUGUGGCCGGCGCACCGUGCCUAUCCGAAGGCAGGAGCCAGGUGCUUCUCCUGGUCUCCCAUGGGGCGCAGGGCCCAAGCACUUGGGCCAUCCUCCACUGCACUCCCUGGUCACAGCAGAGAGUUGGCCUGGAAGAGGGGCAGCCGGGACAGAAUCUGGCGCCCCGACGGGGACUAGAACCCGGUAUGCCGGCGCUGCAAGGCGGAGGAUUAGCCUACUGAGCCGCGGCACCAGCGAUGAAGCUUUUCUUAAGACUAAAAUUUGCUUAGUUAACAAAAUUUUUAACUCCUCCCAUUCAUACCAUGAAGUUUGGUAAAAAAAAUUUCUUAUUUACUUACUAAUAUUUUGCGAAUGCAACUAUACACAUGUCAGUUCAUUUGUCAGCUUUUAUAAGGGCUGAAAAAGUGGUUUAUUUAAGGCUGCAGUCCAAAAUACUACCUGAGCUGUUCCUGAAGUGUAAAACAAUAUUGAAUAUGACUUAAUUAAUACAAGUAAGGAAUCUCAAGAGCAAUGUGCUUUUGAUCUUUAUAAAACUUUUUCCCCCAAAUGUCUCCAGAGUUACAUAAAAAUAAAAUAAGAUGUAAAUUAAUUGGUAUUUGAUAGUAUAUCCCAGGUUCCACAGGGAUUUUGACUAACUUAAUUGGUUUCUACUAGGUUUGUUUGAUAAAAGCAUCUGUCCUGAAUCAUAGAUUUUUAUCUGAUUCCGUUGGUCUUGGAGGAAAUCUUUCUUGGUUAAGCCUUCCUCAUGUAGAAAAAUAAUACAUGGAGCCUCAAAUUUGAUAGCAAAUCAAGCAAUAUAGGUAUCACAAUUAUCUUUUGUAUUAAGUGCCUAGCGUGUGCCAUGCGCUAUUCUAAUAGUGUGAAGAUUAAAUUAGUUAAUUAGUUAAUUUAAUCCUCAUGAUGUCUCUACUUUGAGUUUCCUUUACUAUUCCCAUCCCAUUUUAUAUAUAAGGAAAAAGGUCAGACUGAAAAGUUUUCAAAUUUUCUACCAAAGAUGGAAAUUUAUAAGACAGUAGCUUUUCUACAAAAGUGAAUUUUGUUUUGUAUGGAGAUUUUUUGUAUGUAUUUUAUUACUAUAGUAGGUAUAGCCAGUCUGAACAUUUUCUACUUACAUAAUUUAUGAGUAGGCCCUAAGAGAGCACAGAGAAUAAGGGACCACAUCAACUUCAACUAAUAGAUUCAGAAAAGUUGGAAAAAUUCAGCGAAUUGAAUAUGAAGCAUAUUAUUUUUAAAUGAACUUGCUAAAGACAAGGAGAGUGUUAGUAAAGAGCUUAGCUAGCUAGAUUAAAGAAAUUGUCUCUCCCCAUCUGUUCUAAUUAGCUUAUCUCUCCUGCUUCACAGCAUGCUGGUUAUUUCAGAAAAGAGGUGACAGCUACUUCGGAAGGAAAUUCUUUUUAUUUACACUGAUUUAUGAUGGUUUUGGAGUUGUUGUUCAUCCUCAGACAUAAACUUUUAAAUGUUAGCACUUUUGUGUAAUACUUUGUUACUGGAAAUUUUAAGGAAUUGGACUCUUAAUUGAGGAUUCUGCCCUCUCACCUUUCCUUUGGUUUUGGCCCAGAUGAUUAUGUUUUCUCUUUUUAGAAAGAUUUCUCUGGGUAUUUUGAUAUUUGUGCUGAUUGAAGGAGACUUUCCAUCACUUACAGCCGAGAUCCAGGAACCCAAGAGUGCAAUAUCCUUUCUCUUGUCUGAAGAGUCUACAGACCCUACUCUGCCAACAGAAAAGCAACAGCCUCUGCACCACAGAGAAGCUGAGAGACGGUCAUUAUUCAGAAGGAGGCGAUCUAUUCUGUUUCCCAACGGAGUAAAAAUAUGCCCAGAUGAAAGUGUUACAGAGGCAGUAGCAAAUCAUGUGAAGUAUUUUAAAGUCCGAGUGUGUCAGGAAGCUGUCUGGGAAGCCUUCAGGACUUUUUGGGAUCGACUUCCUGGGCGUGAGGAAUACCGUUACUGGAUGGAUUUGUGUGAGGAUGGAAUCACAAGUAUAUUUGAAAUGGGCACACAUUUUAGUCAGUCUUUGGAACACAGAAGCUUAAUCAUGAAGAAACUGACUUCCACAAAGGAAACUAUAAGCAGGCCUGAAUUGUCAUCUCCAGUUCCUUUUGACCACACUUCAACAUUAGGAGGUGCUGCUCUAGGUAUUCCAUAUCCAGGAGUGGCCUCCUCUGAAGGUGCCUCAGAGAGCAGUUUGGAGAGCAAAGAGGGGAGUAUCAGCAAUGAAAUUGAGAAUGUGAUAGAUGAACCCAAAGAACCAGCAGCUGAACAGAUUGCAGAAUUCAGCAUCCACCUUUUGGGGAAGCAAUACCAGGAAGAACUCCAGGAUCCCUCCAGCUUUCACUACCAGCACCUUGUAGAAGAGUUUGUUUCAGAGGUUGAAAAUGCAUUUAUUGGCUUACCAGGCUACAAGGAUAUUCAUGUACUUCAAUUUAGGUCCCCCAAGGAAAAUGUCAGUGGCCUGGAUGUUCACUAUGAAGUUACCUUCAAUGGUGAGGCCAUCAGCAAUACCACCUGGGACCUCAUUAGCCUUCACUCCAACAAGGUAGAAAACCAUGGCCUUGUGGAAUUGGAUGAUAAGCCCACUGCUGUCUAUACAAUUAGUAACUUCAGAGAUUAUAUUGCUGAGACACUGCACCAGAAUUUUUUGCUGGGGAAUUCCUCCUUGAAUCCAGAUCCUGAUUCCCUUCAGCUUGUUAAUGUGAGAGGAAUUUUGCUUCCCCAAACUGAAGACUCUACUUGGAAUAUGCAAAGUCCAAGCCUUCAGGCACCACCAACACCUAUUCUGGAUAAUACCCUUCCAGCUGAAUGGCCUUCAGCAGAUGAAUCCACAACCAGCAGUAUUUCACCACUUGAUUUCAGCUCUGGGCCUUCCUCAACCACUGGCAGGGAACUCUCGCCAGAAAGUCCAUUGGGUGAUUUAGUGUCUUCACCUAGAUUAGCCUUUCCCUCCAAGGUGGGCCUAAGUUCUUCCUCAGAGGCCUUAGAGCUCAGUGGCUUGACUCUGCAUUCUGUCACCCCAGCAGUGCUUCACACUGACUUGCCUGUGGCUCCUGAGGAGGGGACUUCUGGAUCUCACUUGUUAGAAGAUGGAUUAGCCAAUAUUGAGGAGUCAGAAGAUUUUCUUCCUAUUGAUCCACUGCCUUCAAGUUUAUUGACUCAGCCUGUGCCAAAAGAAACACUACUGUCCAUGGAAGACUCUGGUGUGACCUUGACAUCCUCACCAUAUAUCUCUUCCCCUGUGACAUUAGAUCUUCUUACUAAAGAAAUAACUAUACCUUUUGUCUUGGAUUCCUUGGACUCCAAAGUCAAAAGCCAAUUAGAAGUGAGCCCUUUGCUGCCAGAAACACCCAUGGAAAAAGAGUCCUUAUUUGAGAGUGGUUUUGGUUCUGGGUCUGGGCAGAUGGUGGAUCUAAUUACUUGGCCAUGGAGUGAGAUUUUGUUAGAGAAGAGCACAGAACCACUGUCCAAGUCAUGGCUUGAAUAUGAGGAUUCACUUUUGCCAACUGAGGGUGUAGAUGAAGAACUAGUCAUAGAUGACAAAAUGAAUUUCACAAAUCAGAUUAUUGAGCAUUCAGAAUAUGAGCAUGAUAGAGCCACAAACUUUGCAGAAGGAGAGCUUCUUGGUGGACCUACUGUGCCCUUCUUUGCAGAGACUGCAACCCAGCCUGCAUCUCCAGUCCUUCCUGAACACACAUCAGAGGUACCUGACAUUGAUCAUGACUCUGCUACAAAACCACCUCUUCUGCUGGCAUCUGUAGCAAUAUCUGCUCCUACUGAUCAAGCAAACCAAGAUGAUUUCUUAAAGGAGGAUAUGGAGAAAAGUACAGAGUCAAAACAUGAAGAGUUUGAUAGCAAGAUUUCAAUGGUGAAGUCAGAUUUGCAAACUUUGUGGACUGCCUUGCCAGAAUCAGAUAUAAUUUGGGAAGGAACAUCUUCUCUACGGAAAUUGUCCAAAGACACAUUGGCAAGUACACCACAGAGUACUGACAGACUCUGGUUGAAAGCUUCCAUGACAGAGUCUAGCAAAUUACCUCCAACCACGAGCUCCACCCUACUAGAGGAUGAAGUAAUUGUGGGUGUACAGGAUAUUUCAUUAGAACUGGACCGGGUAGGCACAGAUUACUAUCAGCCUGAGCUAAUUCAAGAUAAAAAUGGCAAGGUUGGUAGUUAUGUGGAAAUGUCUACAAAUGUUCACGCCACAGAGAUGGCUGUUGUGGCUCCACCCACUAGUGGAGGUGACUCAAGUUAUACCCAGAUGACAGGAGCUUUGGUAGUUUUCUUCAGUCUCCGAGUGACUAAUAUGAUGUUUUCAGAAGAUUUGUUUAAUAAAAAUUCUUUGGAGUAUAAAGCCCUGGAGCAAAGAUUCUUAGAGUUGCUGGUUCCCUAUCUCCAAUCAAAUCUCACAGGGUUCCAGAACUUGGAAAUCCUGAACUUCAGAAAUGGCAGCAUUGUGGUGAAUAGCCGAAUGAAGUUUGCCAAGUCUGUCCCUCCUAAUGUCAACAAUGCUGUAUACAUGAUUCUGGAAGACUUUUGCACCACUGCUUACCAAACCAUGAACUUGGCUAUUGAUAAAUACUCCCUCGAUGUGGAAUCAGGUGAUGAUGCCAACCCUUGCAAGUUUCAGGCCUGCAAUGAAUAUUCUGAGUGUCUGGUCAAUCCUUGGAGUGGAGAAGCAAAGUGCAGAUGCUACCCUGGGUACCUGAGUGUGGAUGAACUGCCCUGUCAGAGUCUCUGUGACCUGCAGCCUGACUUCUGCUUAAAUGAUGGAAAGUGUGACAUUAUGCCUGGGCAUGGGGCCAUUUGUAGGUGCCGGGUUGGUCAGAACUGGUGGUACCGAGGUGAGCACUGUGAGGAGUUUGUGUCUGAGCCCUUGGUCAUAGGCAUCACCAUUGCCUCCGUAGUUGGGCUUCUCCUGAUCUCUUCUGUUAUCAUCUUCUUCCUUGUCAAGACUUUUCAAGAUCAGAAUAUCAGGGGAGAAACAGAGAGGCCUUUUAGGCAGCCUGAUAGCCUCUCAUCCAUUGAGAAUGCUGUGAAAUACAACCCGGUGUAUGAAGGCCACAUGGCUGAAUGUGAACAUUAUGAGGGACCCUGUCCUCAGCAUCCCUUCUACAGCUCUGCUAGUGGAGAAGUUCUUGGUGGUCUGAGCAGAGAAGAAAUCAGACAGAUGUAUGAAAACAGUGGGCUGAAACUUUGCACUUCUGGUGCUACACUGUAG